ACACGUAGUUUCAGCCCUCCGCUCACGCCCUAGGACAUUCAUCCACCUAACCAACCCUCCAUCUGCUCUCCUUUGUCUUUCCCUCCGCUGUCUUUCAUUGUUCAUCCGUCCCAUCAUGUUCUCAAUACCCUCUUCCCCUCUUCUCCUCGUCGUCCUCGUCAUCGCCGCCCUCAUAUUUUUGAUCCAGCGCUUCCUCACCCCCCGAAAGGAUGCGCGCGAACCGCCCUACAUUCCCUCCAAUGUCCCCAUCUUCGGCCACAUCCUCAACUUGAUGCGACAAGGCUCGGACUACUUCCGCAAACUGAACACCCGCUACAACCAUGGCAUCUACACCCUACCCAUGCUCAGCGGGCGAAUGUACCUCGUUGCCUCCCCCGACUGGGCCAUCGCCGUGCACCGCGCGCACAAAACGCUGCAAUUCAACACCCUCAUCGCCCAAGCCAUUAAGUCGCUCUUUGCCUUCGACAACGCCACCAAUGCCCUUGUGGACUACAAUCUCAACGGCGAGAACGGGACGCGGGACGGGAUCAUCAUCGAAAUCCACGACAUGAUGCAAGGCGUGCUCGCACCCGGUCCCCUUCUCGAUGCGCUGAAUCGCAGCAUUCUCAACAAUAUCGCCGUGCAUGUCAAUCAGCUCGCCGUGCAUGGGCCGCAGCGGCUGGUCUUCUGGACCUGGCUGCGCCAUCACUUCUCCAUCGCAUCCGUCGCUGCCAUCUGGGGGCCCCGCAACCCAUUCGCCCUGCACCCAGAAGCCGAAGAGGCCUUUUGGGUGUUCGAAUCCAAUGCCACGGCGCUGACCAUGGUCCCCUACCCCCAAAUCUUCGCGCGACAGGGCAGCACGGCUCGCCAGGCCGUCUUCGACGCCUUCUACGAAUACAUGGACGCCGAGGCGUACAACGACGCCGGCACGAGCGAGCUGAUCAAGAACCGCGUGAAGAUCAACAUGGGCAAGUACGGGCUGACGAAGAAGAUGUUCGCGCACGGCGAGGCGAGCCUGCUGUUCGGCGCGCUGGUCAACACCGUCCCCACCGCCUUCUGGCUGCUCGCGUACAUCUUCGAAGACGCGGCACUGCUCGCCGACAUCCGCGGCGAAGUCGACAAAUGCGUGACGGCAGACUCGGCCUCAAAACGCACCAUGCACAUCGGCAAGCUGCGCUCCGCAUGUCCGCUCUUCUCCUCUGCUUUCCGCGAAGUGCUGCGAAUGUACGCUCCCGUCCACUCAAACCGCUUCGUCGCGGCAGACACAACCAUCACAAACCACACAACAGGCCAAAGCUACGUGCUCAAAAAGGACGCCGUAGUCCAAAUCGCCACGAGCGUAAUCCACUUCAAAAGCCCCUGGGGUCCCGACGCCGCGUCCUUCAACCCCCGCCGCUUCCUCUCAACGGGCGAGAGGGCGAAGAGCGACGCUCAAAGCUCCGACAAGCUUCCGGACCCCGCGGCGCCGUACCGCGACUCGGAGGGCAAGAUACACGGUUCCGCGUACCGCAGUUUCGGCGGCGGGAACAAUAUUUGCCCUGGGAGGUUUUUCGCGCAGACGGAGGUGCUGGGCUUGGUGUCGCUUUUUGUUGCUGGGUUUGAAGUUGGGGGCGCGAGGGAGGGGGAGAGAUUUGUGACGCCGCCGGAGGAGACCUGGAAGAUGUCGUUCUCUGCGACGAAGCCCGGGAGCGAUGUGGAUGUGGUGGUGAAGAGGAGGGAGGCGUAUGAGGGGGUGGAAUGGACGUUCGCAACGUAGAGAUUGCGGAGUGUGUAAGAUGAUUUAGUCCGCCGCG